AUGGCACUAGACGCUGGGAGAGGACAGUGGGCAGUGGUGCGGAGCACCAGGAGCUGCCGCUGGGCACCGGGGGAUGGUGCUGGCAGCUGGGAAGUGACACCGGGCACUGGGAGAUGGCAAUGGCAGCUGGUUUGGGGCACCGGGAGCUGGCACCGGGACGGCCCAGGACGGGCGGGGCAAGGGGAGACUCGGGGCUAGAAAGUGGUGCAAGCAACUGGGAGAUGCUACUGGGAGCCGGGAGAGGGAAGUGGGAGCUGCCGGUGGGCACUAGGAGGUGGUAUUGGAGGCGCUGGCAGCUAGCCCUGGGCACUGAGACAGCACACUGUGUGCUGGGAGAUGACACUGGGCACCCAUACGGAGCACUGGGAGGUGGUGGUGGUGGGCACUGGGAGCUGGUACUGGGCGCUGAGGGAUGAUGACACCGGGAGCUGGCGUGGAGCAGCGGGAGCUGGCACCGGCGAGGCUCGGGAGGGCUCGGCGCAACGGGGUCUGGCACCGAGGAGCUGGCACCGGCACUUGAUGGUGGGCACUGGGAGGUGGUAUGGAGCACUGGGAGGUGGUAUGGAGCACUGGGAGGUGGUAUGGAGCACUGGGGACUGGCGGCGGGCACUGGGAGUUACUGACGGGCACUGGAAGCUCCUAGGGAGCGCCGCGAACCAGCACCGGCGCAGCUCCGCCCGGGACGGUCUCGUUCUACCAGGUUUGUCCCUUCUGCGCCGCCGUCGGCAGCCUGAGCGCCCUCCCUGCCGCAGUGCCUGCCGGGAGCUGUAGUCCCGCAUGUGACCGGGACGGAGGCGGCCCCGGAGCCGCUUCCGGUGGGCGUGGGGCCAAGGGGCAGCGCGGCCCGGGGCAGUAUGCUCGGUGCCCGGGACCGGGAGCCCCGGGAGAGGCCUGAGGCUUCCUGAGCGCCCGGCGGGGCUGUCUCCAACCCCCGGACCGCUCCUCGCCGCCACCCGGUUCCGCCACCCGAGGCUCCGUGGCGGCCCCGGCCGACGGUGGGUGGGUGGGUGGCUGCCUUCUUCCUCGCAGGGCAUGAGCGGAGGCGCCGGGGGCUCGGAGCGGCCUGAUGAGCGGCAGUGUGACCCCCCCCCGGCCCGGCAAGUCCCUCCCGGUCCCGGCGCUGGUCCAAAACGGCCUCCCGAAGGCACCGCGGGAGGAAGCGGAGCGGCCGCUGGGCGCCGAGGUCAGCGAGGAGCUGCGCAGGGUGCAGGAGCAAUGGGAGGCUGUGGAGCAGUCCCAGUCCGGCCCGGGGGCGCUGUCGGCUGGCAGUGCCCCUCUGAUCUCCUUCAACGAGGCCCUGCAGUACUUCCAGAGCGCUGAGCUCAAGCAGUGCAGGAAGGUGCCCGUGCCCGUGCCCAGGUCAGGCCUGGCCUCUCUGCUUCGCUUCCUCUUCGGCCCUCCCCGGCUGCAUCCUCAGCUGCAGGGGGAGCAGGAGCUGGCACUGGCCAUGGCACAGUGUGCCCUGGAUGAUAACCAGAAGGUCCACAUGAGGAUCCUGCAGACGGUGUACAAGAGGCUGACCUCCUCCAGCCUGGGCUGCCCACGCUAUGGGGCACACUGGGAGGAGCUGGGCUUCCAGGGUGUGGAUCCUGGCACUGACCUGCGUGGCACAGGGAUGCUGGGGCUGAUGCAGAUCCUCUUCUUCGUGAUGGACUCCCAGAUGCUGCCUCUGGCCCGAGAGAUCUUCAGACUCUCCCAGCAGGAGACCCAGGCCUGUCCUUGCCCCCUGCCCCUCUGCCCCUCUGCCCUGCCUGCCUGCUGCCCUCCCUGCCCCUCUGCCCCUCUGCCCUGUCUGCCUGCUGCCCUCCCUGCCCCUCUGCUCCUCUGCCCUGCCUGCCUGCUGCCCUCCCUGCCCCUCUGCCCUGCCUGCCUGCUGCCCUCCCUGCCCCUCUGCCCUGUCUGCCUGCUGCCCUCCCUGCCCCUCUGCUCCUCUGCCCUGCCUGCCUGCUGCCCUCCCUGCCCCUCUGCCCUGUCUGCCUGCUGCCCUCCUUGCCCCUCUGCCCCUCUGCCCUGUCUGUCUGCUGCCCUCCCUGCCCCUCUGCCCCUCUGCCCUGUCUGUUUGCUGCCCUCCCUGCCCCUCUGCCCCUCUGCCCUGCCUGCUGCCCUCCCUGCCCCUCUGCCCCUCUGCCCUGCCUGCCUGCUGCCAUCCCUGCCCCUCUGCCCUGCCUGCCUGCUGCCCUCCCUGCCCCUCUGCCCCUCUGCCCUGCCUGCUGCCCUCCCUGCCCCUCUGCCCCUCUGCCCUGCCUGCUGCCCUCCCUGCCCCUCUGCCCCUCUGCCCUGCCUGCCUGCUGCCCUCCCUGCCCCUCUGCCCUGUCUGCCUGCUGCCCUCCUUGCCCCUCUGCCCCUCUGCCCUGUCUGUCUGCUGCCCUCCCUGCCCCUCUGCCCCUCUGCCCUGCCUGCUGCCCUCCCUGCCCCUCUGCCCUCCCUGCUGCCCUCCCUGCCCCUCUGCCCCUCUGCCCUGCCUGCUGCCCUCCCUGCCCCUCUGCCCCUCUGCCCUGCCUGCUGCCCUCCCUGCCCCUCUGCCCCUCUGCCCUCCCUGCUGCCCUCCCUGCCCCUCUGCCCCUCUGCCCUGCCUGCUGCCCUCCCUGCCCUUCUGCCCCUCUGCCCUGCCUGCCUGCUGCCCUCCCUGCCCCUCUGACCCCCUGCCCCUCUGUCCUGCCUGCUGCCCUCCCUGCCCCUCUGCCCCUCUGCCCUGCCUGCUGCCCUCCCUGCCCCUCUGCCCCUCUGCCCUGCCUGCCUGCUGCCCUCCCUGCCCCUCUGCCUC